AUGAAGAGUCGUCAGCGACGGGGUCCUCGUAACGCGGAGGUUGCGUUCUCCUACGAACUCUUUGGAAGCAUUGACAUUGACAGCGGUGACGUUCUUAACUUCACCGGUGAGAAUGGUUCAAGGCCCAACAGGGAUACCACGCAGUUCCUGCAUAACAAGAGUUAUGCACAAGGAAAAGAGACCACGUCGAGGCAAUCAUUGUACUUGCAGUUUCAGCGGACUGUCGACGUAGAAAAUGGAGCGACGGGCCAAACUGACGACAGGAAUGACAGUUUUGUCAACCUUGAAGACGCAGCACAGCAUGUGUGGUUCCUCUCGCAGCGCUCUGAAGGAUCCAUGCCGUUUGCCCUCAAUUUUACAACAAGUGACCAGUUUCUGCAGUACGCAAAGAGUCAUUCGCUUUUCUCCACCGCUCCCCGCGGCUCGGUGGAAAAGGCGGCAGCAGGACCCCCCAAGGCGGCGAAAUGGCUGGACAUACAGACGACGAACGAGACCCUCCUCAUGGAGCUCCUCUCACGAUUUCCCUUGUCGGAAGACACAAUUGAUCGCUGCUGCUACCUCGAUGGCAUGGAUUGCCACCUCGCACACUCCACACUCGGUUACUUCUUCUUUAACCUUCUGUGCACUCCUGUUACAACAGAGGACGAGGGGUACCGUCUCCGGCAGAAGAAGAGCGUCAUGCAGCUUUCCCUCGAAUCGGUCAUGAGGGACGAAUCACACUCUUCCAUAGCCGCGGCGGUUCCAGUGGCAGUUAUCGUUUUCCCUGAGUGGAUUAUAACGGUACACGAGAAACCCUUUCAUGAGCUUGGUGAUUUGCUGAAGUUUUUGUACAUCAAUUGCGGUGAUCACGGCUCCGGCACGACCACGCGGCGUCGAAGGCAGGUUAUGACCUCUCCAUUUAUUUUUGCCAGCCUUUUUCAAAUAACUGUGGGGCACCAGUUGGACACCGCCUCAUUAAUAACGUCGCUGGAUCGCAUGGGAGAUUAUGUGUUCAAGGUUGAAAAUGAUCCCAAGGUGAAAGAGGAAGUGCUGCAGCGCAUUACAGAUGCUCGACGUGUCUUUGCGGAAUGUGCUGCGGAACUGACGCGACGAGAGCAUAUUGUAUCUAUUCUUUUGCAACCACACAUGGCGAAUUCUUUUUUGACGCAAGAAAAAACGGUAUGUCACUUACUUGAGAGUUCGCGGGCACAUCUACUUCGUUUGGGCGACGAAAUUGCUGACGCCCGAGAUACCCUCUCUGUGACCAACUGGUACCAUAACACAGCGCGUACUUGGAAGAUUCUCCGCGGUGGAAACAGGGCUACCCGCCAGAUGCUUCUUCUGCUGGAGAUAACGAACAUCCUAUACCCCGUCCUCGCUGCUCAAUUACUGUAUACCAUGAAUGUUCCUGUACCCUUUCAAGGCGAUCAGGGUGAGUCAAUGGAGAACACGCGAGCGUUCUUUGUGGUAUUGGCGUUUAUUUUACUGUACACGUUGCUGUGUGGAAGAGCUGUCUACGCGUUGUUUCACAAAAAGCGGUGGAAAACGCGUCUGUUGGCAUAG